CAAAAGUUGAAGUUGAAAGAUACUGCAUAUUCUUAUGCUGUCAAAGUCCAUUUAUUAAUAUUCUGACUUAUUUUCCAUGUGAAGCAUGUCACGUGGCACAGAACCACAUAGAGAAAAGUGCCUGACAAACUACAAAUCCGUUUUUAAAGACGAUGUUCUUAGGGGAAAAGUUGCUUUCAUUACUGGUGGUGGAUCUGGAAUAUGCUUUACAAUAGCAGAAGUUUUUAUGAGACAUGGCUGUGAUACGAUUAUUGCGAGUCGGAGUAUUGAGCGAGUGCAACAAGCUUCGGCUACUCUGAGUCAAGCCACUGGACGAAAGUGUAUUCCAUUUGCCAUGGAUGUCAGGAAGGUACAUAUGAAAGUUUAAAGUGUUUUUCCUGUUGUCAUGGAGUUCUCCGAUUGUUUUUCCAUAGGCGCUGCUGGUAACUUUCUGUGUCCACUGGAGAGCAUGUCAUUCAAUGCAUUCCGCACUGUCAUGGAGAUCGAUGCCCUAGGAACCUUUAACGUCAGCAAGGCUUUGUAUGACAAAUGGUUCAAAAAUCACGGUGGAGUGAUAAUCAACAUCACGGCCACUCUUCACCUGCGAGGUACCGGAUUCCAGGCACACGCCGGACCGGCCAAAGCUGCCAUUGAGGCCUUAUCACGACACAUGGCAGUUGAGUGGGGCCUUAAUGGGGUUCGAGUAAUGUGUGUGGCACCAGGCCCUAUUGAAGACACAGAAGGUUACAGAAAACUAGGUGGCAACUAUAUAACUGAAGACUACAUAAAGGCGAUUCCUGUACAGAGGGUGGGAACAAAAGCUGACAUCGGCCAUAUUUGUUUGUACCUCGUCACAGGGGCUGCCGAACUCCUCACCGGAACGACCGUGAUCGCGGACGGUGGCGUCCAUCUUAUUGACGAUAACAAUUAUUACAAAACCAGUGAAAUCAUCAAAUCUGGGAUGUUUAGAAAAAUGGCCUCUUCCAAGCUGUAAGAAUAACCGAUUUCAGAUAUACUAAACAUAACAAGAAAUGGAAAUAUAGUAUUCAGCUUUAACAUCAAAUUGUGCUUUUUUAAGAAUGGCUUAAUUACAAUAGGUGUAACAAUAGGUGAAUUAUAGGUUGAUGUAUACAGUUUAUCAUUUCACAAAAUUGAGUGUUUGUAAUCAAGUAAACCGAUUCUAAUUACUAGCUAUAACCCUGAUUUGCAUUUCUUUUAGUGUUUGAUUUUCAUGUGUAUGCUGAUGACGAACAUAUUGUGAAAUCACCUUUGUGGUGGUCUGAAGUUUUUGUAAUUUUCGGACUAAUGCAGUCAACAAAUUUAAGAACACAAGGAAAAUAUAAUACAUCUAUACAUGUAAUACGAAUGUAUGACACUACCUUUUCAAUCCACAAAUUUAGGUACCCAAUGAAAUGUGAUUUAUAGCAAAACUACGAAAAUGUAAGCUCAUGGAAAUAAAGAAUUUCACGGUG